AUGGCUUCCACUUCAUCUAGCAUCGUGUUCGACGACAUCUUCACGAUCAACGCCAUCGACAAGGAUGGCAAAAAAUUCGAUCGAGUCUCUCGAUUAUACGCUCGUUCAAAGAACUACGACAUGGACCUGACGCUCGACUAUAACAUCGAGCUCUUCCCUAUCAUGAACGGGGACACUUUUGCGAUGGCUCUCGCUUCGUCGCUCUCGCGGGACGGCGGUGCGCCUACCGCAGAUGGAGAAGAAGAUAAAGAUAGAGAUGUAUGGAGGCCGGAUGGGAAAGGGAGGAGGGGAUUGGAAGAAGAUUAUGACUAUGUGAUGUAUGGGAAGGUAUACAAGUUUGAUGCUGGAUCUUCCGAUGUCGUCACGGCCUAUGCGUCAUUCGGUGGACUGCUGCUCUCGAUAACUGGAUCAUAUCGGCACUUGACCAAUGUCGUUCUUGGCGAUCCGGUGUAUGUGUUACUUAGGAAAUGA